CAGGAAGACGCCUGCAGAGCCCGGCUGCUGGUGCAGCUGUGGCUGAGGCAGCCAGUGGUGCUGCGUCCGGACCUUCUGCCUCUAAGCCUACGCCUGGUCUGCAGGUGGGGAGGCAGGACGUGGCCAGGUCUGGCUGUGGUGGUGCGCAGUGCCCGCUGAGGCUUAGGGGGAAUUCAGGCUUAGGCCUGUCAGAGCCAGUCAGGGAGGUACACAGACGCCUGACAGGAUAAGAUGGCGGCGAUGGUGCCUGGAGGUAGUGGCAGUGGUGGCGGUGGUGUGAAUCCAUUCCUCAGUGAUUCGGACGAGGACGACGACGAGGUAGCGACGACCGAGGAGCGGCGGGCAGGACUUCGGCUGGGUUCCGGGGGCGACCUAGAUCCUGGCUCUGCGGACUCGCUAUCGCCCCAGGAUCCCGUGGCCUUAGGGAGCAGUGCACGGCCAGGGCUCCCUGGGGAGGCAGCGGCAUCGGUGGCUUUAGGGGGCAGCGGGGAGACCCCGGCCCGAUUGUCAAUCGAUGCGAUCGCUGCUCAGCUGUUGCGCGAUCAAUACUUGCUGACCGCCCUGGAGCUGCACACCGAGCUGUUAGAGAACGGCCGCGAGCUGCCUCGGCUGCGCGACUACUUCUCCAAUCCGGGCAACUUCGAGAGGCAGAGUGGGACCCCGCCGGGGAUGGGGGCACCGGGAAUUCCCGGAGCUGUCGGCGUUGGAGGUGCAGGAGGUCGGGAGCCAAGCAUGACGUCGGGCGGGGGCCAGCUCAAUAGAGCUGGGAGCAUCAGUACUCUUGAUUCUUUAGACUUUGCAAGAUACUCAGAUGAUGGUAACAGGGAAACAGAUGAGAGAGUAGCAGUCCUGGAGUUUGAACUACGGAAAGCCAAGGAGACCAUUCAGGCCCUCCGAGCCAACCUGACAAAGGCUGCAGAACAUGAAGUUCCUUUACAGGAACGAAAAAAUUACAAAUCAAGUCCUGAAAUUCAGGAGCCAAUCAAACCUCUUGAAAAGAGAGCUCUAAACUUCUUAGUCAAUGAAUUUUUAUUGAAGAAUAACUACAAGCUUACAUCAAUAACCUUUUCAGAUGAAAAUGAUGAUCAGGAUUUUGAACUAUGGGAUGAUGUAGGAUUAAACAUUCCAAAACCUCCAGAUUUAUUGCAACUCUACCGAGAUUUUGGAAACCAUCAAGUGGCUGGAAAAGACCUUGUGGAUGUGGCCAGUGGAGUAGAAGAAGAUGAAUUAGAGGCCCUCACGCCAGUUUUAGGCAACCUCCCUUCAACCCCUGAAACUCCUCAUGCUGUAGAGAACUCUUUGCUUGUACAGAAAUUAGAAGAUAAAAUUAGUUUGUUAAAUAGUGAGAAAUGGUCUUUGAUGGAACAAAUCAGAAGACUUGAAAGUGAAAUGGACUUUCUCAAAAAUGAACACUUUGCUAUUCCAGUUAUUUCUGACUCUGUUCAACCUUCUUUGGAUCAGUCUCUUCGCAAAGACUCUGAGGACAGUGGACAGAAACCAGUUAUAAAUAGCUCAGACGAGGGAAAAAACAAGGAUAUCCAUCUUUCAAAACCAGAUGAAGCUGAUUCCACUGUCCCUAAAGAGAAUUUCCCAAACUCUUUACCCAGGAGAGAAAGAGAAGGAAUACCAUCUUCUUCUCCAUCAAGUAACAACACAGUCCAUUUUGAUAAACCCAAUAGGAAAUUAUCUCCUGCUUUCCACCAAGCACUACUCUCUUUUUGUCGAAUGUCAGCAGAUAGUCGUUUAGGAUCAGAGGUGUCUCGGAUUGCAGACAGUGAGAAGAGCGUCAUGUUAAUGCUGGGACGCUGCCUGCCACACAUUGUUCCUAACGUGCUGUUAGCAAAGAGAGAGGAGCUGAUCCCCCUCAUCCUGUGUACAGCCUGCCUGCAUCCUGAGCCUAAAGAGAGAGAUCAGCUACUCCACAUACUUUUCAAUUUGAUCAAGAGGCCAGAUGAUGAGCAAAGGCAAAUGAUACUGACAGGUUGCGUGGCAUUUGCACGUCAUGUUGGACCAACGCGUGUAGAAGCUGAACUUUUACCACAGUGUUGGGAACAGAUUAAUCACAAAUACCCAGAAAGACGACUACUCGUGGCCGAAUCCUGUGGAGCCUUGGCACCUUACCUUCCUAAAGAAAUCCGUAGCUCCUUGGUUCUUUCAAUGUUACAACAGAUGUUAAUGGAAGAUAAGGCAGAUUUAGUACGAGAAGCUGUGAUCAAGAGCCUCGGUAUCAUUAUGGGAUACAUUGAUGAUCCAGACAAAUAUCAACAGGGUUUUGAAUUGCUGCUGUCAGCUUUGGGUGAUCCCUCAGAAAGAGUAGUUAGUGCAACACAUCAAGUAUUUUUACCAGCUUAUGCUGCCUGGACUACAGAACUUGGAAAUUUACAGUCUCAUCUUAUACCCACACUGCUGAACAAGAUUGAAAAACUUCUCAGGGAAGGAGAACACGGGCUGGAUGAACACAAGCUCCACAUGUAUCUCUCUGCCUUGCAGUCUUUGAUCCCAUCUCUCUUUGCGUUAGUGCUGCAGGAUGCACCUUUCGCCAGCAAAGCCAAGCUGCAGGGCGAAGUGCCACAGAUAGAAGUGACAAGGUUCCCCCGGCCUAUGUCACCCCUCCAAGAUGUGUCUACUAUUAUUGGAAGUCGUGAGCAACUGGCAGUGCUACUACAACUUUAUGAUUACCAGCUGGAGCACGAGGGUACAACAGGCUGGGAGAGUUUACUGUGGGUUGUCAAUCAAUUGUUGCCACAACUUAUAGAAAUAGUUGGCAAAAUUAAUGUUACUUCAACUGCUUGUGUCCAUGAAUUCUCCAGAUUUUUCUGGCGCCUUUGCCGGACAUUUGGCAAAAUUUUUACAAACACUAAGGUAAAACCUCAGUUCCAGGAGAUUUUAAGACUAUCUGAAGAGAACAUUGAUUCCUCAGCAGGAAACGGGGUCCUCACUAAAGCCACCGUCCCCAUUUAUGCGACAGGAGUCCUUACGUGUUAUAUUCAGGAAGAAGACCGAAAACUGUUAGUUGGAUUCUUAGAAGAUGUAAUGACCCUGCUUUCAUUAUCUCAUGCCCCUCUUGAUAGCCUGAAGGCUUCGUUCGUGGAACUGGGCGCAAACCCAGCCUACCACGAGCUGCUGUUAACGGUUUUAUGGUAUGGCGUUGUCCACACUUCAGCACUUGUGAGAUGCACUGCUGCCAGGAUGUUUGAGCUGUUGGUGAAGGGGGUGAAUGAGACUCUGGUAGCUCAGAGGGUUGUUCCUGCUCUCAUUACUCUCUCCAGUGACCCCGAAAUAUCUGUCAGGAUUGCCACAAUUCCAGCCUUUGGCACUAUUAUGGAAACAGUUAUUCAAAGAGAGUUGCUGGAAAGAGUGAAAAUGCAGUUGGCUUCUUUCCUGGAAGAUCCUCAGUAUCAAGACCAAUAUUCUUUGCAUACAGAGAUCAUAAAAACAUUUGGUAGAGUUGGGCCUAAUGCAGAACCGCGGUUCCGAGAUGAGUUUGUUAUACCACAUUUGCAUAAGUUAGCCUUGGUGAACAACUUACAAAUUGUGGAUUCUAAAAGACUGGAUAUUGCUACUCAUCUUUUUGAAGCCUACAGUGCACUUUCCUGUUGUUUCAUUUCAGAGGAUUUAAUGGUUAAUCACUUUCUGCCUGGUCUCAGAUGUUUACGGACUGACAUGGAACAUCUCUCUCCGGAGCACGAGGUUAUUUUAAGUUCCAUGAUAAAAGAAUGUGAACAAAAAGUAGAGAAUAAGACUGUCCAAGAGCCUCAAGGCUCAAUGUCAAUUGCUGCAAGCUUAGUGAGCGAAGAUACAAAGACCAAGUUUUUGAACAAAAUGGGCCAAUUGACAACAUCAGGUGCCAUGUUGGCCAAUGUGUUUCAGAGAAAGAAGUAAAAGCAAGAAAGAAGCGCCCAGAAGACACUAAGAUGGACCUCACGCAGACUGGUUCCUUGUACUUGAAGUACUUGCCUUUUUUAUUUCUUUGUUUUAUGUUCUUGAAUUAUAAUUUUGUCCUAACCUCCAAAGAUAUUUGCACUGCUUUCUAUUAUUGCUGUAUAUCUGUUAAUUUUGGAAGUAUAACUGUGGUAAUAGGAGAUUGAGUUGGUAGUCUGUACCAAGUAAGUCCCUCUUCUAUGUUCUUGUCUUUCAGAAUAUUUUUUUAUAUAUAUAUAGCGAAGAGGUUUUUUUGGAUGGGAUAAAGCAAAUAUCUGUAAUAUACACUAAGCUAUUACAAUGGUACUUAAAAUAAUGUAAAUUUGAAGUCAUUGUUAUAAAGUAAUAAAAGUGGAGAUUACUUAAGUAUUUAAAUUAUGAAAGAAUAAUGCAGACUUUUUAUUGUUUCUUAACUGACUAGAAAGAGCCACCAGCAUUACUCUGUGCCUUUUGGACUUCAGUUUGUGUGUCUGUGGGAAUUGUGUGCAUUCCAUUCACACAGCACCUGUAGUGCUGUGGUGAAUUUGAAUUACAAGUCCUACAGUAAGUAGAUAAUAAUGAAACUUUCAGCAUUUCAGAGCUCUCGUGAAUACUAAGUGCUAUUUAAAUCUCCCCAGCACUCACACGCAUCCAACGGACUCACCUGAGGAAAGACAGCCCAUAAACACGGGGAGUGGUAACCACGGGGAAUUUUCAGACUGCUGUGUGUUCAAUUCAGAUAGUCAAAAAGAAAUGUAAGUAAGAAGAGCUCAUAAUUGUGAAAGGUUUUUCCAAAUCGAAAUACAAAAGAAAAUACAGUUCAGAUCUGAAAUUUAACAUUUGCGUAAAACAUUUAUUCAAGGUAUUUUCUAAUGCUUUUAAUUUUAGAGAUUAUCUUUUCAUUCUGCAUGUUACAGAGAAGUACCUGUGAGUUAAGGACAUUUGGGGGCUGCUCUCUUCCCUCUAAACAAAAAAUGACAGCGGCUAAGUUGUUAUUGGUUAGUUAACACCAUGGCCCUUAAAGUCAGUGACCGUUCCUGUGUCUGUGCGCAUUACAGGGGGUCUCAAGUCGGUGCACAGGUCCGCUGGAGCCAGACACUUGUCUGUCACGUAAUGCGACUUGAAGUAGAAGAGAGCGGUGCUGGAUGUAGGGGGAUUGGUUUGAGGGGUUAAUGUGAGGCCUUUUUGAAAAAUGCCUAUUUUAAUAAAGAGAACUCUCGUUUGAGCACAGUCGAUGCACAUAGGUGAUUCUUAUGUUUGUUGUAUAAACUCGUUUCCUACACUUGGAACAUGGCUGGAUGACAGUCUCUUCCUGAGAAAGCUACCUUCUCACACAUUCAAGCUGAUAAAAUAAGUUGACAUAGCAAAGCCAUUUGAAAAAGGUCAUUCUGAAAUUAUUUCUUUUACUUAUAGUACAAUAAUUGUUAACAAACUAGUCUUUCUGAAAACUGUUGGAUUCUAGGCAUUCCUGAGGAAUUGAAAGUGGCUACCUUUCAUGUCAAAAAUGGUGAUCUACUAUAAAUAAAAUGUUUUUGCAUACUUGUUUUGGUUUUG